AUGAAGAAUAAUAAUUUAAUAUUUAUAACAACAAUUAUUUAUUUAUUAAAUAUAAUUGGUGUUGUUGUAUUGGGACAAGGAGUAGUGCAAUUUUCAACCAAUGCAGCUGGUUGUAAUACUGCUAAAGGAUGUGAUUUCUCAGAUCCUUACAACUGGGUUGGCAAAGUAGCUCCAUCUGUUAAUGACAUUGCAUCUAUCGAUUUUAGCCAAGUGAGUGGUCCAAAUCAGAUGAUCCAAACUAUCAAUUCAAAAUCACCUAUUCAAAUCUCUGGUCUAAUCAUCAACGCCGAUGCCCAAUCCUCAGUGUUUUUCACCAGUUUCAGCAACAUCCAAGUCAAGGGUGACAUCCAUAUUGGCAACUUUAGCACGCUUCACAUGGGCAGUAUGUCCUUUUUAUCCGCGUCUGGAAACGUUCAAGUCGACGACCAAGGCGGCCUCACCUCGGACAUUGCUGCCAGUAUUUGGAUUGGUGGAACUGCCACCUUUGACUAUGUGUCUGUUUUAACCUUGGGCAAAAACAAUUCGUUGCAAGUCCUCAAUGGCGGAAACUUCCAUGGAUACGUCACAAUGGAUCUCAACUCCAAGUUGAAACUCGGAGGAACCAGUGCCAUCACUGGUGGCGAAACAUUUACUUUGCAAGGUGCUGCCGUCAUUUACAAUGCAGUUUUUGGUGAAUACGCCACAUUCAUUGUGUUUGGUGGUCUCGUUGCCAACUCGUUGGUACUCCAAGACUAUGCCCUUGUUCAGGCCUUCUUUGAUGUCACUGUCAAAAGCCUGACUGUCGAGAAUGAAGCUGCAUUUGAGCAGAAUCCAAACCAGUACCCUUCAUACACUGGUCCCAUCACCGUCGAGAUUGACUCGAUCAGUGGUAGUAACAUUAGCGAGGUCAACUUUGGACGAGCCGACUCUGUCGUUGUCGGAACCAUCUACACCGACGGUAACAUCAUCGCCACUGACCAGGUCUCCAGUCUCAGCUUGGGACAACUUGGCAAUUCGUACGUGAACCAAUUGAUCUUUACAACCACCACCAGUAACCAACAAAAUCCAACAGGUGUCUUCUCGGCCAACUUUACCAACAUCAAAGUCGCUGCAAUCGGUGCCACCACACAGGAUGUAAAUACUGUCUUGUCAUUCACAUCGGCCACUAGCUGGGGAAUGACCUCGACCCUGCUCGAAAAUGUCAAUGCCAUCGUCGAGAGUUAUGCACAACUCAACCUGAUUGAAUCUGUAAUCAGAUUGAUUGGUCCCAACUCUACCAUCAACGUACGAAACAAUGCCGAUCUUGUCAUCCAAUCCAGUUCCGUCAGUGUCCAAGGUAUCAUCGGUGCUCCCUACUCGUCGGUAGCCAUUUCUGCAUCAACAUACGUCGGUCAAGUUUCAAUGACUUCAUUCGGUACUCUCCAAUUGCUAAACAGUACCAUCCAAGGGUCGGUCAGCACAAACUCCACGACAGUCUCGUUUGAAAGCCACGUAAACAUUGUUGGAUCAGUCAAUAUCGUCGGUCAAUCUGCCACCCACAUCAUUCUAACUAGUCUGCCAUCUGAUGCCAACAACGUACCCAUCAUAGUCAGUUACGGUAUCACCAUAUCAUCUACAGUGAUCGUCUCACUCCCUGAAGCAAGUACUCUCAAAGCAGGUCAAGUCUUUUAUAUUGCUAGUAGUCAAGGUGAUCUCUCGAUCAUUCCUAGUCUCUGUCAACUUGAUAACUCAUUACCAACUCCAUUAACCUACAUGUUUAAUAUUGUUUCUGCAAAUAAUAUAGGGUUUAUAUUUAUAGACAACAACAAAGUUGGCCAUAUACCAUAUACCGUACAUCUAUCUAGUGGUGUACCACAUACCAUAUACACCAUUGUUUAUUUGGUUGAUGAAAUGAAAGAUCAAUUGAAAAUUCCUAUUAAUUAA